AUGAAUCCCCAAAAACCAAUAUUACGAACAUCCGUCGAUCCUACCGAUAAUGGAGUUCUAGAACGCCUUGCGUCAUUUUUUCAAUGGCCUGCAACUAGUAUUUUUACGGGUACAAUGUUAGCAAAUGCUGGAUUUUACUUUACAAAUGAAAAUGAUACGGUAGAAUGUCAAACAUAUGUAGACAAGCAAUCAACGGUUGUUAAACGAAGUGAUCAACAGACGUUGAAACGACCAAAUGCAGAAAGCGUCAAUCAUUCGAACGCUGAUGAACGUUCACCGUAUGAUAAUGAUAAAACAAUGAUGGUAGUCAAUGAAUUCAUCAAUUCACUAUCAAACGAAAUCUUGACAGAAGUAAGGAUACGAACGUUUUCAAUUUGGCCUAAAACUAAACCUAGUGCUACAGACAUGAUAUCUGCAGGAUUUUUUUACACAAAUAUUUCUGAUCGUGUUAUCUGUAUUCAUUGCGAUGCCAUGUUUCAUCGAUGGAUACAAACGGACGUUCCAUAUGAGAUACAUCGUCUCAAAUCACCAAACUGUUAUUUUAUAAAAACAAUAGAAAAUAGAACAAGAAAGAUGAAUAGUAAUCAAAAUUCUUCAAUUGUAACAAGGACAACGUUGAAUGAUAAUGUUAUUAUGAGAAAUAAUAAUAUCAUUAUUAAUGGCAUAAUAGCUAAUCCCAGUUAUACUGAAAUAUGUAAACGAUUCAAUUCAUUUGAUAAUUGGCCGAAAGAUCAAGUGUUACCAGCAAUCAGUACUUUUGUUGGUGCCGGUUUUUUCUAUACUGCACUGGAAAAUUGGCAGGCAGAUGACGAUCCAAAAAUUGAACAUGCUCGCUGGUUUCCAAAUUGUUCUUAUAUUAGAGAAUAUUUGGAUAACGAUCUUUAUCAAGCUGUACAACGUCAACAUAAAGAGCAACAAUUGCAAAGAGAACAAUCCAAAUCUCAACAACAAUCGACUAUUAAUACGAAUACAUGGUCAGUAGAGGAGAUAGAUCGAAUGGUGAGCGCACGUCUGGAUUUACCUAUUGUGGAAAAAUUACGAAAUGAAGGUUACACAAUAUCUAUAAUCAAUAGUUUAAUUAUAGUGUACCUCAUUUAUUCAUAUAUGUAUUUUAUAGAGGAUGAUUUUAAAACUGAUACUGAUUUACGAAUAGCAUGUUAUGUACUUAAUAAGCAAGUACAAUUAAUUAAUGGAAAUGAAGAUAGAAUCAUAGUACCGCAAAAACGGUUAAAAGAUUCGUCAGAAACAAGAGAGCAAGAUCAAUUGGAAGAAGAGAAACAAGGCAUCAAAACUGACAAUAAACAAAACGAUGAAAGCGCUGCACAAUCAACAACCUCAACAAUUCACACAAGUCGUUCACCAGUGUUAUCAGAACCAAAAGAAAUAUAUCCAUGUGUUUUAUGUUUAACAACUGAACGUCAAGUGGCAUGCCUUCCAUGUGGACAUCUCAUCUGUUGCGUCGCCUGUGGUCAUAGUCUCCGUUUAUGUCCGGUGUGUCGUGCUGAUGUAAAAGCUUUUGACCUUAAGAUUAGCCUCGAACGAUUCAAAAAAUUGUUCGAUUCAAAAAAUGUUCAAUCCAUACCUGCCGCAAAACAAUUUUCAUCGCUGUUGAAACAAAUAUCCAGUCUUCUUGGUAUAUUUGAAGCAUCAAUAAUUGAUUCGAUACCAGAUGAAAAUUAUCCUCUGUUUGUUAUUUUGAUUCGAAAUCAAUUUGGAGAUGUACAAAUGAUUAAUCUAUUACAGAGUGGCAAUCUAAGAAUGGAUGACUUUUAUUCUCAACUGGUUCAAUCUCAAGAUUUAUUCAAGAAACAGCAUCGUCGGAUACAACGUCCUGAGAUUAUCUAUCAUGAGAAACAACGCCUACAAUUAUGUGCACUGCAUUCAUUGAAUAACCUAUUUCAAGCUAAAAUAUUUAAAAAGGCGGAAUUAGGUAUGUUAGGUAUCGAUAUGUUUUGCGAUAAUUAUUUGUUAAUUGGUGGUUAUAUGAAUUCUGAACAACGCGAAACAUGUGUCGCCUAUUAUCGAAAUGCUCUCAGUCAACCAUGGUACACACAACUCGUUAUCCUUGCACCUAUCCUUAUCGGAUUUUUAUCUAUUACUUAUCGUCUGAUUAACAGUCAAUUGCGUACCAUUUAUGAUAUCAUCAGUUUACCAUUAUUUUGUUUAGUUGUUUAUAUAUUCGCUUUUGGUGUCAAAACAAAUGGUUUUCAUUUAGCAAAAACAAAUAAAGUUCAGGAACAACUCGACUUGUUAAUAAAUAUAGCAUAUGGUCAUCUCUAUAUUAUAGGGAUAUUAGCUGGUUUAUUCGUAUUACAAUUACUAGCACACAUAUCGAAUCAGGAAAAAGGAAAAUUACAUGAGCAUCUUUCAUAG